AUGUCGAUUGAGCCGAAGAGGGAUAACCGUGACCUCUCAACUCGUAGGCGCAGUCUCAUCGAUUGGCCUUUCCCGCAGAUGGGUCUGAUGCCAUUCGACCAAGUCUUCGACUGGGUAGAGAGGUCACGCCAAAACCUUCACGAAGAUAUAAUGAAUAUGCACAGGAACCUGUUUUCUCUUGAGCCCUUCCGAGCGGUGGACCAGGCCAUGGACGAGGUGAUGGAGAAGAUGAGUGCCAUCCAGCCACGCGAGUUUCACCCGGAGCUCGAGUUCACUAGUCCCGGUGAGCUGGACUUUCUCAAAAAUGCUUACGAAGUUGGCAAGGAUGGUAAGUUACACUUCAAGGUGUACUUCAAUGCCAAGAACUUCAAGCCCGAGGAGAUCAGCAUCAAGACGGAUAAGAACAAGCUGAUAGUUCAAGCACAAAAGUCGGAAUCACGCGGAGAUGCCGAGAUGUCGAAGUGUGUGGGUCGUUCCAUACCUCUCCCGCCUUCUGUCGACAGAAAGCACAUCCAGGCCACUCUCACGUCGGAUGACGUUUUGGUCGUGGAGGCGCCUGUUGACGAUCCGAACUACAAAGCCAUCAAGAUAUGUCCGCAGAAGGGUCUUGCAAUUCAACCAUCGGACUCUUCUGACAGGCAACUUGCAGUGAAAAAUAAGGAGGGUGUGGAGAUAGUGUCUGCGGAAGAUGGAUCGAAGAAGAUGCAUUUAGAACUGAAGAUUGAUAAUCAUUUCCAACCAAAGGACGUGAAGAUUUGGUCAAAGGGCAACAAGAUCUACGUGCAUGGAGAGUCAAAGGUGGAUGAGAAGACGGACACUGGCUCACACAUGGAGCACCGCGAGUUCUACAAGGCUUUUGUCACUCCUGAAGUGAUAGAUGCUAGCAAGGCGCAAGCUGAAAUGAACGAGGGUCACCUCGUGGUUGAGGCUCCCUUGUUCAAGUUAAAGUAA